UCUGGCGGAGGGCUGAGCCCCGUCAGGGCGCGAAGCCGCGGGCAGAGAAGGACGGUCGAUCGCGGGUCGGGGUCCCAGGGCAGGGGAGGGGGCGGUUUGAGUCAUGCUGGACUUCGCCAUCUUCGCCGUCACCUUCCUGCUGGUCCUUGUUGGAGCCGUGCUGUACCUCUACCCGGCUUCUAGACAAGCUUCAGGUAUCCCUGGGAUUACUCCAACUGAAGAAAAAGAUGGAAAUCUUCCAGAUAUUGUAAACAGUGGAAGUUUACAUGAAUUCCUGGUUAAUCUCCAUGAGAGAUAUGGGCCAGUAGUGUCUUUCUGGUUUGGCAGACGCCUUGUGGUUAGUUUGGGCACCAUUGAUGCACUAACGCAACAUAUCAAUCCCAAUAGGACAUCACAUCCUUUUGAAACUAUGCUAAAGCCUUUAUUAAUGUAUCAAUCUGGUCUUAAUGGGGAUGCAGUUGAGAAUCACAUAAGGAAAAAGCUCUAUGAAAAUGGUGUAAACAAGUCUCUACAGAGUAAUUUUGCUGUCAUGGUCAAGCUUUCGGAAGAAUUAUUAAGAAAAUGGCUCUCAUACCCAGAAUCUCAGCAUGUGCCUCUUUACCAGCACAUGCUUGGCUAUGCCAUGAAAGCUGUUACACAAAUGGCUUUGGGCAGUAGCUUUGAAGAUGACCAGGAGGUUAUUCGAUUUCAAAAGAAUCACAACACAGUGUGGUCUGAGAUUGGGAAGGGUUUUCUGGAUGGUUCAAUUGACAAAAGUACUACCCGGAAAAAGCAGUAUGAAGAAGCAUUAAUGGAAAUAGAAUCAGUUUUUAAAAAAGUCAUAAAAGAACGAAGAGGAAGAAACUUCAGUCAGCAUAUCUUCAUCGAUUCCUUAUUGCAAGGAAACCUAAAUGACAAGCAGAUCCUAGAAGACAGCAUGAUAUUUUCUCUAGCAGGAUGUGUUAUAACAGCUAACUUAUGUAUGUGGGCAGUCUAUUUUCUUACCACAUCAGAAGAUGUCCAGAAGAAAUUGCACAAAGAGCUAGACCAAGUUCUUGGGAAAGGUCCAGUUACUCAAGAGAAAAUUGAUCAGCUCAGAUAUUGCCGGCAAGUACUUUGUGAGACAGUUCGAACAGCUAAAUUAACACCAAUUGCUGCCAGACUUCAGGACCUAGAAGGAAAAGUUGAUCAACAUAUCAUUCCUAGAGAGACCCUUGUUCUUUACGCUCUUGGUGUGGUUCUUCAGGAUCGUUGUGCUUGGCCAUCACCAUACAAGUUUGAUCCAGACCGGUUUGAUGAUGAAUCUGCUAUGAAAAAUCUUUCCUUGCUUGGAUUCUCAGGCACACAAGAGUGUCCUGAGUUAAGGUUUGCAUAUAUGGUGGCUACAGUACUUCUGAGUGUGCUAGUGAGAAAAUUGUACUUACAUCCUGUGGAAGGACAAGUUAUUGAAACAAAAUAUGAGUUGGUAACAUCAUCAAAGGAAGAAGCAUGGGUCACUGUUUCUAAAAGAAACUAAAAAAUGAACAUCAAGUUGCAAGAAAAACAAUGCUUCAGCCCUUGGAUGGCAAAAAUUCAUUUCUUUUGCUGAGAAGUGUUAUUCUAAACUAUCAUAAGGUUUGGUGUUCAGAACUAUUUUUUUCUACAUCCUUAACAUUAUCUUCUUUUCAAAUUUUAUACAGUCAUUUGUGAUUUGAACCACAUUGACUCCAGGACAUGUGAUAUGGAAGUGAAGGUUUUUAUUGCAAGACUAUUUCUAAACACUGCCUUGUUGAAACAGACCAACCGUGACUAGUAUAUCCUUUAGGGCUAACUGGUAGUGAAGGCCACUGUCUUAGCCAACAGUAGUUAGUAGUUAUAAUUUUCAUUUAAUAUUAAAUUAUCCACUGUAUUCUAGUUUUUACAUAAAACAUUUACAUUAAAUGGUCCCUACUUUGAAGAAUUCUAAUUCUAAGAGAGCACAGAAUAUGUUUCUUACAUACUAUUAAAAAGUUUAAAUAUGCAAAGGGAACUGAAUAUUUAUAGAAAUCUUAUGGCAAAUGAUUUUAUAAACAAAGAAAUCUUUUGUAAUAUGAUCUUUAAGCUGUUUUAUGUAUAACUUUUGUAUAUUCUAUUAGAUUUUUUUUAAAAAAACAGAUCACAUUUGUAACUAUAUUGUACCAGCAUACUACUCACUUUAAAUGGAUAGCUUAGCUUUAUGUUUUUGAAUUAAUGUUUUCCCAAGUUAAUCUCUCUUUUAUUUUUCUCAUAAAACUGAAAUUAUUAUUCUUUGGGGGAAAUUAUUUGGCACAUUGGAGGAGGCAAGAAUUUGAUGACAUAUCAUUCUAAUGGUUACUUAUAUACUUGUGUAUUCUACCUCUCAUUAUGUCUUCUACCUCUUAUCAUGAUACCUAGAGUUGUUUUGACAGAUGUACUAUUUUAGUCUAAAAGAAUAGGAAAGAGAAGAAGAGAAUAUUUUCUUAAAAAACACACUAGGAAUUCUUUAUGUCUUUCAUUCAAAACCACUUGGAAAAGUAGUCUUGAACAUCCCCAAAGAAUUGCAUCUUAGCAGUAGAUAUUGAGUAAACAUUACUGACUGAUGUACUGCAGAUACAGAAAAUUCUGCCAAAAUAUCUACCCAAGAAAAUGCUCACCUGAUAGAUGACAUAAGAGUCAUCUGCCACAUACCAGAUAAGUAGAAUGAAUACAUUAAGGGGAUAGGUUGGCUAGAUAUGUGGCAACUUCAGUUCUUUACUAUUGAAACAAAAUUAUGUUGAAGAAAUCAGUUAAAUAGAUUAAUAAUAACAUAGAUAUAGAGGAUCUUAAUUACCAUGACAGUGAGUAGAAUGGUAAAUUCUACUUUCCAGAACCUUUUCCUGGUACUUUGUUUUUAUUAUCAAUAUGAUGCAGUGUCAUAGAUCUGCACGUAGGAUAUGAAAUAAUUGAAAAAAUUGUCUCAAUAGAAACACUUGUACAUGAUUUCCAACCGAGCCAAAGAGACACUUAAAAACCUGAUGCCCUUGGGCUCCACCUAGUAAAUUCUCCUUAUUUUAACUAAAGAAUGCCAACUAAUCAUGUUGAUUGUUCAGCUACUUAAAUAUAAAAUAGGUUAGAGAUGGGGUAAUACAAUUUUUUUCAAGUUGUGGAUGAAAUUCACCUCUAAGGUAUGUUUUUAUUUUGACAUCCAAAUAGUUGCUAAGUAUCCACAUACUUUUAGGCUUCCAAGAAAAUUGUUGUAAGAUCUUAUCCAGCUCAUCCUACUCUGCUUCCCAUGAUCUCAUCAUGCACACUAGGUCCUUUCUUUCUCUUUAUUGUGUUCCCAGUCACUGCAAUGAGGGCUUAGGCUGUAAUUGUACAUGGAAAACCACGUUAUUUUUUUUUAAUAUUGAAGUUUUCCAAACUACUUUAUUUUAUUUUAUUUUUUUUUUUGGCAUUGGUGCUCCAGAUGAGUGCAGGAGGGAGCAUUCAAGCCUUGCUCUGAAAUGUUCAAUCUAUCUUAGGUGGUUCUAAUGAAUUUCACAUGUGGGCAUCUAGGUCACACAGUGGAUAGAAUGUCUGCUCUGGAGUCAGGAAAACUUAUCUUUGUAAAUUUAAAUCUGACCUUAGACACUUGCUAGCUAUGUGACCCUGGGCAAAUCACUUUACCUUGUUUGUCUCAGUUUCCUCAUCUGUAAAAUGAACUGGAGAAGAAAAUGGUAAACCAUUCUUGUAUCUUUAAAUCUCAAAUAGAGUCACAAAGAAUUGGACACAACUGAAAAAAUGACAACAAUAAAAUAAGGAUUAUGUGCUAUAUUCCUGAGAAGUCAUUUUAAGGGGGAAAAAACAGGACUCUACAAUUUCUGUAUUUUGUGUAACUAUUUUUUUGACUUCCAAUUACAGUUGUGUUUGUGUUUCAGUCUAUUCUUGUUAUUGAGUUUGUUUACUUACAAAUCUAUCCCCAUAUUUGCCUUCCUGUUAAUUGAAAUUUAGAUGUAUCCCUAGACAGAAGUAGUCUUUCCAACACUUACACAAGCUGCCUCUUUUUGAAUGGCUCUGAAUCACUGGGGAAAUGAUGUAGCUGUUUUUAAUGUAUUUUAAAGUGUCUUUUCUGGGAAGGGGUGUUUUGAUAAGUAUUAGGAUGAAUCCUUAUUUUGUUUGUUUUUCUGAGUUGAUACAAUCCCAUUUGCCUGGUAUUUCUCAUAUUUCAGAAAAACAUGAAAUCCUAAUUUAAUUACCAUUUGAUUUCUUGUCCUAACAAGUUGGGUCUAAACUUUUUAAAAUUUAAAAUCUUUUCAGAGCAUUUAAGUACCUCCCUUAAAUGGAUAUUUUAUGUUUUCCAUUCUCUAGAUUGGCAGUAGUGUAUUUUAUCUGGUUUAUUAAUUAUAUGCAUUUUUCAGGAUAAUUUUUUAAACCUUUAUUAUCCUUUUGUGCAGGAGCAAAACAGUGUUCAGAACUAACUGAAGGGAAUGUCCUAAAUGCAGAUAGAGAUUAGGGGGAAAAAAAUCCAGAGAUAAAUCUCACCCACAGAUCCAUUUAACAUAAUUCAUUUGUUACUUUAGUUUCGAGGCUGCUGCCUCAUUUAUUGAGUUGUUAUUUUGUAUCUGUCUAUUUUUAAAUAUUUUUUAAUCCAUUUGGGGCUAGAAUUAAGGAUAACAAAGAAGUUCUUUUAACUCUAGUUAUAAAAAUAAUUUGUAUUCUUAAUAAGAAGUUUAAUUCAGGGAAUAUUCCAAAUUUGGGAAUUUCUCAAAAAAAAGGAAUUGCUUUGCUACUAGAUUCUCUUUAAUACCAACCAUCCCUUCCCUCCCCCCCAAACGAUGCUGUUUAAGUUUUCUCCAGAUACUAAGGUUCUUUGUUUAAGAAAAAUUCCUGUUGUUUUCCAAGUGCCUGAAGUGUGCUGGAAGCAGACAGUGGAAGACCACAGGAUCUAGGAAGCCAAGCCACAGUGAAGAGUUGGGGUAAUUAUUAGGCUGGACAACCUGAUCAAAUGAGAUGAGUUGUAAAAGUACUUUGUAAACCUUGAAGUACUAUAUAUAAAUGUUAGUUAUUAUAACUUAACUAUUCCACUUGACAAUCACAAUGUUUUUGUGCAUAUGGAGCAUAAAUAUUUUUUUUCAGGCACCAAGAACAGGUUGGGAAGAAGGAGGGAAAGCUAUUCUAGAGCAGAAAAUUGACAUGGAAAGCCAUGUAGCUUUCAGCUCAGACAGGCAAGUCAGGAGGGGAGAGCCAAAGCUUAGGGGAUCUAUAUCAGUAUCAGCAUGUCCAGUCCAGAAAGGAAUCUUAGAGAAUUCCCUGAGCUCGAAGGUGAGGAAGCCGAGGUGAGAGUGAGCAAGGACAGGAGAGUUCUUAGGGCAGGAAGGGUGCAGCUGAGCCAGGCAGGAGGCGAGUGAUCAGGGUGAUGAGAUGGAGCCCAGUAAGUAGGAUGAGGCAGGAGCUGUUAAUAGAAGAGCUUUCAUGAGGCUAACUUGGAGAACAGACCAUAGGACAAAACAGCCAAAACACUUCAUUAUUAGGGUUAAAAUGUUUGCUAUGGAGUUAAAUGAAAACAUUGCAGCUUUUUCAUGUUCAGAUAGUUUGGGAAGUUUGUAAACACAGAAUCUCAACUUAGAAGAGAUGCAGAAAUGAUCUAGUCCAACCUGCACCAAUUUGAAGAUGGGGCAGCUUGUUGCUCCUGGGGCAGCUCUAAUCAUUAAGAAAUCUUUCUUUAUAUCAAGCCAAAAUUUGUUCUCUUCCCUCCCGCCCCAACUUCUCCCCAUUCUCUGUAGUUACACCUUAUGAAGCCAAGCUUCAACAAAUGUAAAUCCUGUCCCUCAAAUACUUGCCUAACCCACCCCCGACUCCCACCACUUUCCUUAUGACAUGGUACCCAUCCUAAUUGCCCUUUUCUGGAUGGUUCGUUAUUCACCGUUCAUCAGUGUCUUUUCUGAAAUGUGCACUCCAAAAUAGUACUCUUGAUGUAAUCUCACCAGAACAGAAUAAUAAUGAUUUAAAAUAUUUUUUAUUAGAAUAAUAAUAGCAAACAUUUGUAUAGCUCUUUUAAGAUUUGCAAAGUGCUUUACAAAUAUGGUUUCAUUUUAUCAUCACAAAAAUCCUACGAAGUAGGUGAUAAUCAUUUUCUUCAUUCUACUUGAAGGAAAAUUGCAGCUGAGGGAGGUUAUGUGACUUGCCCAGGAUCACACAGCUGGUGUCCGAGGCUAGAUUCUAAUUCAGAUCUUCCUUACUCCAAAACCAAAACUAUUCUCUAUUCCAGAAUAUACAUGUACAAAGUUUAUACAUAAAUCCCAGAACACAAAACUAGGACAAACAUUUUACCAGUUCUAAAAACAAUGCCAGCAUAAAUAUAGCCUAAGAUAGUAUUUAUUGUUUUAUCUACUGAUCCAUAUUGAGUUUGCAGUAUUCUAAAACCUCCACAUUGUCAUUGUCAUUGUUGUUUUUUACUUUUCUAUCUUUGUGAAAUAUUUUUAAAAUGGAUGUUUCUUCUCCCCAUCCCCACUAGACCUUUCCUUAUAAGAAAGCAAAAAUGAUCCCCAUUCCCACACUAAGGUAUGAAAUAGGUUUUAUUAUUUGUUCUCUAUUAAACUUAAGUUGAGUUUUGCAUUUAA